CCCUGCUCUGCCAGACGCCUCCUCUCCGCCGCCAUGGGAGCACAGAACCUCUUCUCGGUCUCGAUCUUCAUCGUCGUCUUCCGUGAAACUCUCGAGGCCGCUGUCAUCGUCUCUGUCCUCCUUGGUCUCGUUGAGCAAAUCGUAAACGAGGAGCCAGACCGACUCGCUGGCCUCCGUGACGAACCCCAGCGCCCAGCCAUUACCCAUAAUGUCACUGUAGGGGGCGACGAUAACGACGAGUCAGCGUCACCGGAAAACUCGUCGUCCGUCCCGGCAGCCGAAGACGAGCUCAUCUCGAAGAAGCGCCUCAUUCGCAAGCUGCGCGUCCAGAUUUUCUUUGGCACUAUGGUUGGUCUCCUCGUCGCCAUCGCCAUCGGUGCCGCUUUCAUCGCGGUGUGGUUUACCGAAGCUGCCGACCUGUGGACCAAGUCCGAGAACCUGUGGGAAGGUAUCUUCGAGCUUAUUGCUUCGCUCAUGAUCUUCGUUAUGGGAAUCACCAUGCUAAAAAUGGACCGCGCAAAGGCGAAAUGGCGUGUCAAGCUGCAGCGCUCUUUCAGCGGCGAAAAUGUCGACGGUCGCACGAAGACUGGGAAAUGGGUGCUCUUCAUCUUGCCCAUGAUUACGGUCCUUCGUGAGGGUAUCGAAGCUGUCGUUUUCGUCGGUGGUGUCUCCCUAGGACAACCGGCAACGUCCAUCCCCAUUGCCGCCAUUGUUGGUCUCAUCUGCGGUCUGAUCUCUGGUUUCCUCAUCUACCAGUUCGCUAGCCGUACCACGUUGCGCAUGUUCCUGAUCAUCAUGACCAGCUUCAUCCUCCUCAUUGGAGCUGGUCUGUUCUCCAAGGCUGUCUGGUCCUUCCAGGAGAACGCUUUCAACACCCUGCUCGGCGCCGACGUUGACGACUCGGGCGGAAACGGCCCCGGCUCGUACGACGUCCGCGGUAACGUGUGGCACCUCGACUGCUGCAACCCCGAGACGUCCCAAGGGUACUCCAUCUUCAACGCUAUCCUUGGCUGGCAGAACUCUGCUACCCAGGGAAGCGUGCUUUCGUAUGUCUUCUACUGGUUGGCCGUCAUCGCGGCGCUCGUGCGUCUGAAGUUCAUAGAGGGACGCACCAAGAUCUUCUGGUUCGAGUCCGCGGCUGGCAAGCGCCGCCGCCGUGCAAACGAGGAGCGUGAGCGCGCCAGUUCUGAGUCGACUGACGAGAAGAGCCUCCCGAAGUAAACUGACUACGGCAGUCUCUUUACUUCUUUUCACGGUCUGCUUGCGAGAGCGGACUAGCGCUAAUAGCUACUUAAAGUUGUACUCCGAUCUUUGUUGCUGUUCUUCGUUGCCCUUGUAUCGUAGUCUUAUUGUUUUACAGUUACUUAAGAAAGAAAUUUUUUUAUGCC